GAAAUCGGUACGGUCAGAUAAGAUCGGAGGGUCCCCCCAUCAUUGUGGAUCCCACUUUUCCACGUUCCUUUGAAACCACUGCUCCCUCCUAUUUAUACUCCUUCCUGUUUCAAACUCUUUUGCUCCAACCGGCUUUAAAAAAAAAAUUUCUCUCAUUUUCAAGGAACCAAAAGAAGAAAAAUCGACGGUGAUUGAUUGAUCAGAGAAAAAUGUCGUGGCAAACUUACGUUGAUGAACACCUGAUGUGCGAUGUUGGCGACGGCCAUACUUUAACCUCCGCUGCUAUCAUCGGCCACGAUGGCAGUGUUUGGGCCAAGAGCUCCUCUUUUCCUAACUUUAAGCCUGAAGAGAUUACUGCCAUCAUUAAAGAUUUUGAUGAACCUGGAUCUCUUGCACCAACUGGGCUGCACCUUGGUGGCGCUAAGUAUAUGGUAAUCCAGGGCGAGGCCGGAGCUGUGAUUCGUGGGAAGAAGGGCACUGGUGGCAUAACUGUGAAGAAAACAGACCAAGCUAUGAUCUUCGGCAUAUAUGAUGAACCAGUGACUCCAGGACAGUGUAACAUGGUUGUUGAGAGGUUGGGUGAUUACCUUGCUGAGCAGGGUCUGUAGGCCUCUCCCCCAGGUUGUUAUCCUAUUUUACUUAUUGGUUUUGGGCUUGCAUCUUUCUUCCAUAGCCAGGAACUGGCAUUGAAGUUUUUUGGAGUUGGUGAUGAUAAUAAUCAGUGAAGACAAAAUAAUUUUAGGUUUGUUAGUUUUUUUUUUUUGGGGGUUCUCCCAUUGGCCUUGUUCCCGUAAUUUAUGUGCAUUCAUUCUCCCUGCUGUUUUGGCUCCAGUGGAGUUUGCUUUUUUUUUUUUUUUUG